GGCGUGGCCAGGCAGGCAGGAGAACUGAGGAGCGGGCUGGGAGCACCUGACUCCUGGGUCUGCCUCCGUCACCAUUCAGAGCUCUCACCUUGGACCGUCAACUCACUCCUGGAGGAAGAUCAAGUCUUCAGAUGCAGAUAUCAUUAAAGCUGUAGCCUAGACAAAGACAAAGAAGAAAGCCGGAAUCAUCUGUACCUCCGCCACAAAAAGUGGUUUCUUUCUGGCUGACUCUAGUGAGAAGAGUGGCAACAGAAACAUGCACCUAGAGAACAAAGAUGGCAGGCUGACUUCUGGUAUGCUGGAGAUAGAGAUACAUCAGACAUCAGCUCCCAUGAGUGCUGGCUUGGGAGGGCCGGGGCUGGUGGGACUCAACACCAGCAACCAUAGGCCACAGCAGGGAGACAGCAAGGCAGACUCCCUGAACCCCUACCCCAGUGGGGCAGCUGGGCAGAGCUGCUGGGCUCCUGUGGACCAGAAUUUUGGCUCAUUCCUCGCGAAGUGGAGGUCUCACCCUCCUUUCCUCCAGUUCUUCAGCUGCAGUUCUAAAGACCCCUGCUUUACAGAAAGCACACCUUUGCUGAGGAAUUUCUCACAAGAGAAAGGGUCACGGUGCGUGCCCGUUUGCCACUCAGAGUUCAUCACUGCUGAAGAAUCUUGGGAGAACAGCUCAGCUGAGUGGGAGGGCGGAUCCCUGCUGAGCAGAGAGUUGGUAGGUUCCUCUGGAUCCGCCUCCUCAGAGAAGGGGGAGCUUCUGGACAGCGCUCACAUCGGGUUCCGCCGUCUUUCCAAGUUGAGGUGCUGUGUGCAGUGGCUGAAAGUCACGGGCUUAUUUGUCUUUGUGGUGCUGUGCUCUAUUUUAUUUAGCCUGUAUCCAGAUGAAGGAAAGUUCUGGCAGUUGCUGGCUGUGUCACCGCUGGAAAGCUACUCUGUGAACCUCAGCAGCCAUGCAGACUCCAUGCUGCUCCAAGUGGACCUGGCAGGGGCCCUGCUGGCCAGUGGCCCAAGUCAUCUCGGGAGAGAAGAGCACGUGGUGGUGGAGGUGACCCAGGAUAAUGCUCCAGGCUCCAGGAAGUGGUGGCCACAGCAGGUCACUCAUAACUGGACGGUGUUUUUAAAUCCAAGCAGAAGUGAGCGCACGGUGCUGAGCAGGACCUUUGAGGUUCUGAGCAGAGAGCCUGUUUCCAUCAGCGUUCGAGCCUCCCUCCAGCAGACCCAGGUUGUUCCUCUUUUGAUGGCUUAUCAAUACCUCCGCACAAGCAUUGAAGCACAAGUGACCAUGGCUGCGGUCAUUCUUGCUGGGGUCUACGUGCUGAUUAUAUUUGAGAUUGUUCACAGAACACUGGCAGCCAUGUUGGGUUCCCUUGCAGCAUUAGCAGCGCUGGCUGUGAUUGGAGAUAGACCUAGCCUGACGCACGUGGUGGAGUGGAUUGAUUUCGAGACGCUGGCCCUGCUGUUUGGCAUGAUGAUUUUAGUAGCCAUAUUUUCAGAGACUGGAUUUUUUGAUUAUUGUGCUGUAAAGGCAUACAAACUGUCCCGGGGAAGAGUGUGGGCCAUGAUCAUCAUGUUGUGUCUCAUUGUCGCCGUCCUUUCUGCCUUCCUGGACAACGUCACCACAGCGCUCCUCUUCACUCCCGUGACCAUAAGAUUGUGUGAGGUGCUCAAUCUUGAUCCAAGACAAGUCCUGAUUGCAGAAGUGAUCUUCACAAACAUUGGAGGAGCUGCCACUGCCAUUGGGGACCCACCAAAUGUCAUUAUUGUUUCCAACGAGGAGUUGAGGAAAAUGGGUCUGGACUUCGCUGGGUUCACCGCACACAUGUUUGCUGGGAUUUGCUUCGUUCUCUUGUUCUCCUUUCCACUCCUCAGACUACUUUACUGGAACAAAAAGCUGUAUAACAAGGAACCCAGUGAGAUCGUUGAACUGAAGCAUGAGAUCCAUGUCUGGCGCCUUACUGCACAGCGCAUCAGCCCAGCCAGCCGUGAGGAGACAGCGGUUCGAGGUCUACUCCUGGGGAAGGUGCUGACACUGGAGCGCUUGCUGGCCCGAAGGCUGCACAGCUUCCAAAGACAGAUCUCACAGGAAGAUAAAAAUUGGGAGACCAAUAUCCAGGAGCUACAAAGAAAGCACAGGAUAUCAGACAGGAUUCUGCUCGCCAAAUGCCUGACAGUGUUGGGAUUUGUUAUCGUCAUGUUCUUUCUCAAUUCGCUUGUCCCUGGUGUUCAUCUUGAUAUUGGGUGGAUUGCUAUUCUGGGUGCCAUCUGGUUGCUAAUUUUAGCUGAUAUCCAUGAUUUUGAGAUAAUUCUACACAGAGUAGAAUGGGCAACCCUUCUAUUCUUUGCAGCACUCUUUGUUCUGAUGGAGGCAUUGGCACAUCUCCACUUAAUAGAGUAUGUUGGAGAACAGACUGCUUUGCUAAUAAAGAUGGUCCCAGAAGAUCAGCGCCUUGCAGCUGCCAUCAUCUUGGUGGUCUGGGUCUCAGCCAUCGCAUCGUCCCUGAUUGACAACAUACCAUUCACUGCUACCAUGAUUCCUGUGCUCCUGAAUCUGAGCAGAGACCCUGAGGUCAGCCUGCCUGUGCCACCACUCAUGUAUGCCCUUGCCUUCGGCGCCUGCCUGGGAGGUAAUGGGACACUGAUUGGAGCAUCAGCAAAUGUGGUUUGUUCAGGAAUUGCAGAGCAGCAUGGAUAUGGAUUUUCUUUCAUGGAAUUUUUCAGGUUGGGCUUCCCAAUGAUGGUUGUCUCCUGCAUGGUUGGGAUGUGCUACCUCCUUGUUGCUCAUGUCGUUAUAGGAUGGAAUUAGUAGAUAUACAAUGUGUGAAGACUGAGGGAAACUUGACUCAUCACCAACAUCAGUAGAAUACUACCCCAAAACCACUCUUUGGAGAAGAAAAGGUGCUUACCAUGGGGGUGCUCUGGAAUGGACACCUUUGCUAUCCACACUCUUAUUUGGGUGAAGCUGGCAAAUUGUGGUAAAUACAAGAUAACUUACACAAGAUUCUACCACAGGAAAAUAUGUAUAUCUCAAAAUACAUCUAAGCUAUGCUCUGUAGGAAAAGACACAAAUUCAAUAAUUCACUCCAAACGGCUUGUGUUGUUUAAAUAUCACUUCUCCUGAGGCUAUCAAUAGUUUUUCUUCAUGUAAUCACUUUUCAUGUUAAAAUAAUGAGCAUUCAAAUUGUAUACCCUCUUAAUGCAUACUUUUCUUGGGAAGGGCAUACAAUUUGUAAGGAAACAUUAUAUGUAUUAAAAAAAAAUACUGCCCCUUGACAAAGAAUUUGUUAGUCUCUUGCUUUUUAGUAGCUUACAUUAUAUAA